GACUGAAUGGAUCGACUCCCGACCGGAAGUUGUUGAUUGGUUUUUAGCUAACCGUUGUCCGGUCUUUAUGAAAUAACUAGUUAAUUUUCUUCGUUAUUGCUCUAGGUAUUGCGUAUUCUGAGAAUCUUUAUUACAUUCAUUAAAAAUAGUAACAGUUUAUUGUCUGGCUAUAUAUUAUUUUUAAUAUAACAGUGGCUUGUGAUUACGGUAUGGUAGCGUUAGCCUUUAGCUAGAAUCGCUCUACAUCAUUCACUGAAUGGAGCGGCGCUUUUAAAUGCACUGGUUCGUGCAGACAGGUUUAAUAGCAUAUAAGACAGAGAGAUAGAAAAAACAUGGCUACUGGUGCUGAUGUUAGGGAUAUUCUUGAGCUGGGCGGAGGAGAUAAUGACGGUCCUAUCAGCAAGAAAGACCUCAUCAACUCAGAUAAGAAAAAAACAAAGAAGGCAACGGAAACACUGACCUUCAAGAGGCCAGAGGGAAUGCACAGAGAGGUCUAUGCUCUUCUCUACUCGGACAAGAAAGAUGCCCCCCCUCUGCUACCCAGUGAUACAACUCAGGGCUACAGAACUGUCAAAGCCAAGCUAGGCUGUAAAAAGGUACGACCCUGGAAAUGGAUGCCUUUCACAAAUCCAGCCCGAAGGGAUGGAGCCAUUUUCCACCACUGGAGACGAGUGGCAGAAGAGGGCAAGGACUACCCGUUUGCUCGCUUCAACAAGACGGUGCAAGUACCAGUGUACUCCGAGCAGGAGUAUCAGAUGUAUCUCCAUGAUGAUGGUUGGACUAAAGCAGAGACGGACCACCUGUUUGACCUCUGCAAGCGAUUUGACCUGCGCUUUAUAGUUGUUCAUGAUCGCUAUGACUACCAGCAGUACAGAAAACGCUCCGUGGAAGACUUGAAGGAGCGAUAUUACAGUAUUUGCGGUAAACUGACCAAAGUUCGGGCAGCAACUGGGACGGAGCCCAAAAUAUACAUUUUUGAUGCUGCUCACGAGAGGCGACGUAAGGAGCAGCUUGAUAAGCUUUUUAACCGCACACCAGAGCAAGUGGCAGAAGAGGAGUAUCUUAUUCAGGAGCUAAGGAAGAUUGAAAACAGGAAGAAAGAGCGGGAGAAAAAGGCUCAAGAUUUGCAGAAACUCAUCAAAGCAGCGGACACAACUACAGAAUUGAGACGAGCUGAAAAGAGAGUUUCUAAGAAGAAGAUUCCACAGAAAAGAGAAACAGAAAAACCGGCUGUUCCAGAGACUGCGGGCAUCAAGUUCCCCGACUUUAAAUCAGCUGGUGUCACCCUGCGGAGUCAGAGGAUGAAAAUGCCGAGCUCAGUUGGGCAGAAAAAAAUCAAGGCUAUCGAGCAGAUCCUGGUAGAGCAAGGAGUGGAUCUGAACCCGAUGCCUACAGAGGAGAUAGUUCAAAUGUUUAAUGAACUUCGCAGUGACCUGGUGCUGCUGUAUGAGCUGAAACAAGCUCACAGCAACUGUGAGUACGAGCAGCAGAUGCUGCGUCACCGCUACGAGGCCCUGCUGAAGGCUGGCAGCGCGGUUGGCUGCGGUGGCAUCCCCAUGUUGGGACCGAGCGCCGGUUCACAGGGUGGGGAACUCAACACCCUGAACAGCAACGCAUCGUCCACUCCGGGGCCCGAAGCUCAGUCUUGGCUGAGUGCCGACGACAUCAAGGUGGAGGCCAAGGAGCAGAUCAUUGAUGUUGUAGGAGCACCGCUCACUCCUAACUCGCGCAAACGGAGAGAAUCGGCAUCCAGCUCAUCGUCUGUGAAAAAAGCAAAGAAGCCUUAAUGAGUGCCGGGACAGCCUGAAGAACAGUGGGGGGGUCGCACGUUCUGAUGACUGGGGAGAGUUAUGCCCGGCCAACACGGACACAACUGAACCGGACACUAUAUUACUGUCUAUUUACACAGAAGCAACUGUGUCUGUGCACACGCACACAGACCUACACCUCACUUACUAACUAGAUCUUUCCAAACCCUCUCCAUCUGGCUGUGACAAAGGCGACGACUGAGUGACAUUUCAUUCCAUUACUGCUCGUCUCCCUUCCUCCACCACUGGUCGACCUGAGAUGUGGCGAGUGCAACUGUAAAUUGCCAGUCUGAGCUAAUCGGGACAUUGGGAAGAAGGUGGGAAUGAGCGGGUAAUUGAAAUGAAUUGGAAUGACAGAGUUAGGGAGCGGGUGGACCUGCAGCCAAAAUGCUCAUUUGAGCGUUCUAAGGGUUGUUAUUGCUUAGGGUUUUCCUGUGUAGCCUAAUCAUAUUGUAGUGUUUACUGGAGAUGUGUUUUGAUAUUAGCCCACAGAGGGGGUGGCUGUCUCCACCCGCUGCCCUUUCUUCACAUUUAGGAACAGAUUGAUUCUUCUCUCAGGUGACAUUGAAAAUGCUACAGCUCAUUGUUGAAUAAAUUCGUUUUUUUUUUCUAA